AUGUCCAUCUUAUACUUUUUAAAUCAACCAGAAACGCGUUCUCUUACCGUCCUCCUUCUACUUGCUGUUAUCACACCAAUACUAGCAGCUUAUACAUCAUUAUUUCCACCAAUUCUCUGGCUUAGUCUGACAUCAAAUUAUGUUUAUCUAUUCCUUUAUUUUAUUUUCGUUUGUUUUAUUACACGACUUAUUGCACGCGGUGGUACAUACAGUGAAAUUAAUAAGUUGAACUUGAAAGGAAAAACGUAUUUGAUCACAGGAAGCGCCGGCGGACUCGGUAAACAGACAGCUAUACAACUUGCUAAACGUGGUGCACGUGUCAUACUCUUUGCACGUCAAUCAAAUCUUCAACAAGCUAUUGAUGAUGUUAAAAAACAAUCAAAAUCAGAGGACAACGUCAUUGGGUUUCCACUUGAUCUCAGCGAUCUAUCGUCAAUUAAAAAAUGUGUUGAUCUCUACCAUCAAAGUGAAGGUAAAGAUGCACAAAUUAGAGCGUUGAUCAAUAAUGCCGGUGUUAUGGCUUGUCCAUAUAAACAAACAAAAGAUGGUUUUGAAAUGCAAAUGGGUACAAAUCAUUUUGGACAUUUCUAUUUAACAAAAUUACUUUUACCACAAUUACGAAAAUCAAAAUCACGUGUAGUCAAUGUUUCAUCGACAGGACAUGCCUUAUGGCAAGUACCAUGUACACCAGAAACCUAUGCACAACAAUUGAAUGAGAAAACAUAUAAUCCAAUGAAUGCAUAUUCAUUAAGUAAAAUAGCAAAUAUUUAUUUUGCAAUUGAAUUAGAUCGACGAUUUGGGCUACAAGCAUAUUCACUACAUCCAGGUGCUGUUAAUACUGAAUUGCAACGUUAUAUGGGAUUUCUUACUGUAUUACGUCCACUGACAUUGCUUAUAUUUAAAACACCAUUGGAAGGAGCACAAACACAAUUGUAUUGUGCAUUGGCUGAUGGUGUACGACCAGGUGAAUAUUUCGCUGAUUGUAAACAGAAAGCCUAUGGAAAUCCACAUGCUGCUGAUAAGGAUAAGGCAAAGGAAUGGUGGGAUUAUUCAGAGAAGAUGUUAAGUGAAAAAUUGAAAUGA